UCGGAACAUUUCCGCACGACGUCGCAGAAAGUCGCUCGACGCUACUGGUGGAAAAAUGUGAAGCUGCUGAUCAUCCUCGGCCUGGUGGGCACCAUCGUCCUCAUCCUCAUCAUCCUCCUGGCCACUGGCACCAUCCCCACCUAG